AUGGAGAAUCAAGGCCUUGCUUCUUCCCUAGAUUUGGAGAUGGUAGAUCCAUCCUCUUUGAUGCAUGUCAGUAACAAGGAUCGGACUGAGCUUCCCCCUUCUGGGGAGGGUACCUCCUCGUCAAAAGGGUCUUUUCGAAUUAAAAAAGCUAAUGGAUGUUUGGAGAGAUCAGAAGAUAGACCAGUUUUGGUUAUUCAACCUAAGCAGGUUUUAGAAGAUGUUGAUUACUGGGGCAAGCACUCUCUUAUAUGCAAAUUUUUGGGCCUUCGUCUCUCUCUUCCUGUGUUGGAAUCCUGGGCACGUCGGGUUUGGAAACCUGAAGGAGAUAUGGAGAUUCUUUUAGCGGCUAAUAACUACUUCCUGGUUAUUUUUUCAAGCAUAGCAGACAGGAAUAGGGCUUUUGAGGGUGGCCCUUAUUUCUUUAACCAAGUUGGGCUCUUUAUCAAGCCUUGGCAUAUGGGCUUCAACUCUGCGGAAGAGAUCCCGUCGUGGGUACCUGUGUGGGUUCGUUUGUCGAGGCUUCCGUUGGAAUUUUGGAGGGAAGAUAUCCUCCACUCAAUCUCUUUACUUCUUGGGAAACCUGUUGGAUCGGCUUCACAGACUCAAGAUCGUAAGGUAAUCUCCUUUGCUCGCAUUUGUGUUGAAGUUGAUUUGAAUAAUCCAUUACCAGACUCUAUGGAAAUUUGCAUGGGUUCUUCCUCCUGGAUUCAGCAGCUAGAUUACGAAACCCUUCCAUUCAGAUGCAGAAUUUGCCAUGAAUAUGGUCAUCUUCAUCGCAGAUGCCCCAGAUUGAAUUCUUCCCCCUUGCCUGCCUCUGAACCUCCUAGGUUGAACAAGGGGAAAGCCCCGGUGUCUGAUGAGCCUGUUGAUAAGGAGGGAUUUACCCUAGUUAAAUCUCGUAAUAAAGGCAAAGGCAAGAAGAGACCUUGGAUGGAUAGACAGAAUGAGGACACAUUUAAUAGGUUUGAGGUUCUGGAUAGCGUAGUCCAAGAAGAUGGUAUUCCAACUGAGCUUUCUUCUGGGGUUAAGGGUCAAGUAGAGAAUCAAGAGAAUAUUGGUGGCCUCCAGGAGUCACAGAUUACGGUGGGUAAUGCUAGCUUGACUUCUUGUCCGGAAGCUUUGAAGGCAUCCGCGGAUCCUGUAAAGGGUGCUAAGGCUCCUCCUGCCUUAGGCUUGCAUCAAAAACAUUUUAAAAAGGGGCCUCUAGAUAAACAGUCAAGGAGUGGAAGGAAGACUGAUCAAGAGAAGGUCAAGAUUAUGGGGGAUACUUUGGUUGAGUCUGGACAAAAGGCUGUUCGCAGAUUAAUCGAGUCUCAGGCUCCAGAUGUGGUAUUCAUUCAGGAAACCAAGCUUACAGUGGAUGGUUUGAAUAAUUGUGCUCUGCGUAUCUGGCCCCAAGGCUACUGGCAGGGGGUGGGGGCGUUGGGCAGUUCUGGGGGGGUGGCUUGCUUUUGGAACCCGAGGAAAGUCUCCCCCUUAUGGUGGGUCUCUAGUCGGUCUUCUAUCUCUAUGGUGGCUUCCAUUUUCCAAACUGGUGAAAGAUGUCUUUUCUCCAAUAUUUACGCUCCUACUGAUCUUCCAGGUAAGACACACCUUUGGGAUCAUAUCAAUUUUGUUCGUUCUUUGGAACCGUUUCUCCCAUGGAUUUUGGCUGGUGACUUUAAUGUUGUUAUUAGUAUGGAUGAAAAACGAGGAGGGUUAGCCAGGCUUGAUCCUUCCUCUCUUUUGCUCAGAGAUAAUAUUGGUCUCCUUAACCUUGUUGACGUGAAGCCAAUCAAUGGAGUUUUUACUUGGAAUAAUAGGCGGUGUGGUGAUGAGGCUAUCUCAGAACGGCUUGAUAGAUUUCUGGUUUCCUAUUAUUGGAUGAGUAGAAGGUGGACUACCAGUUCUGAUAUCCUGGAUUGGAGGGGAUCUGAUCACUGGCCUAUCAAACUUUGUGUCCUCUCUUAUGGGAUCACCAAAAAUCCGUCCUUCAAAUUUCAAUUGAUGUGGUUACGGGAUCACUCUCUUCGGGAUCUGGUGCUGGAUUGGUGGUACGAAGGGCUUCCUGCCCAUGGGAGGGCCAUGUACACUUUUAGCAAAUGGCUCCAAUAUGUGAAGUAUAGGCUUAAGAGGUGGAAUAAACAAUGUUUUGGGAAUCUGCAUGCUCAGAAACUUGCUGCUCAAUCUAAGCUGGAUAGUAUUACUCGUCAGAUUCGAGACCAUGGGUUGUCCUCUGACCUUUUGAAUGCUGAGUCCUUGGCUCUUAAGGGCUUAGAAGAGUGGGAGCUUCGGGAGGAGAUUUUCUGGAAGCAAAAAUCUCGUAUUGAUUGGCUUCAGGAGGGGGACAGGAACACAUCUUUCUUCCAUAAUUCGGUCAAGGCCCGUAGGCAGGGUAGCUCCUUUUCCAUGCUUCUCUCGAGUGAUGGGACCCAACUCUCGUCCUGUGGUGAAAUUUCGAGGGAAGCUGUCAACUAUUUUUCUAAUCUUUUUACUAGGGAGGAUAUUCCUGCUAGAUCCGAGAAGAGGGCUAUCUUGGAUUCUAUUCCUUGCUUGGUCUCAGAUGAGAUGAAUGGGGCUCUUUUGGGUCCAAUUCUGCUGCUUGAAUUGGAGAAGGUUGUGUUUAGUAUGAAAAAAGGCAAAGCUCCUGGCCCAGAUGGGUUUCCGAUUGAGUUCUUCCAGGAAUUUUGGGAAAUAAUAAAGUUUGAUCUCCUUGAGGUGGUUCAGGGAUCCCUUAGGAACAAACAAAUGCUUAAGUCUCUGAAUUCUACUUUUCUAGCUCUCAUACCUAAGAAGGAGGGGGCUAAUCGGAUGGAUCAAUUCAGGCCUAUUGCUUUAUGCAAUGUUGUCUACAAGAUCAUCACCAAAUUGAUUGCUGAGAGACUCAAACCUCUCCUUGGUGCUUUGAUUUCUACUGAGCAGGGAGGCUAUGUGGAAGGGAGACAAAUCUUGGAUGGUGUCGUGAUUGCUUCAGAGGUUAUUCACUCUAUGGCUUCCUCUAAGGAGAGGGCGAUGUUCAUUAAGCUUGACAUGGCUAAAGCUUAUGAUCGGGUGAGCUGGGAGUUCCUUCAGAAUAUCCUCUUGGCCUUUGGCUUUAAAGAGGAAUGGGUGAGUUGGGUUCUCAGUUGUGUUACCUCAUCCUCCUUCUCCAUUCUCAUUAAUGGGGAAUCUUCAGAUUGGUUUAGUGCUUCUCGGGGACUCUGGCAAGGGGACCCUCUUUCCCCUUAUCUUUUCAUUAUCAUGGCGGAAGGUCUUGGUAGAUUUAUUAAAUCUCAGGUGCGGCAGGGUCGUAUUCACGGCUGGAGCUGGAACAAUGAUCUCCCUCCCUGUUCUCACCUUCAAUUUGUGGAUGAUACUGCUUUGAUGGGCUUGGCUAGAGUUAGUGAGGCAGUAAAUUUCAGGAGAACUUUAGACAUCUACUUGAAAGCUGCUGGUCAGAGUAUUAAUGAUGAUAAAUCUUCCAUUUAUUUCUUUAAUACUCCUCGUCUCAUUCAGAACAGGAUUGCCAGGAUCCUUAGAUUCCAAAUUGGAUCGCUUCCCCUGAUGUACCUAGGGAUUCCUUUGGCUUUGGGACCCCAACGGAGAGAUUUUUGGCAGGGGAUUUUGGAUAAGUUCCGGAGUAAGGUUAGUCAUUGGACUUACAGAUGGCUCUCUUCUACUGGUAGAGUGCUUCUCCUUAAAACUGUGGUGCAGGCUCUCCCUAUUUAUAGGUGUUGUGUGCAGAAUCCUCCUGCCUCCUUUAUGAGGAAGUUUGAUGCUCUUUCCCGGCAAUUCCUUUGGUCGAGAAACCUUCUUUCUUCGAAGUGGAGUUUAGUCAAGUGGGAGUCUGUCUGUAGGUUGAAGCAUGCUGGGGGCCUUGGCCUUAGGUCUAUGGCUCUUAUGGUUUCGGCUUUGGCAGCUAAGCUGUACUGGAGAUGGUGCAACAACCAGGAUCAGGAGUGGGCCAAGAUUCUUUCUUUCAAGUAUGUUCCUGGGGUUGAGAGCCAGGAAGUGCCAUGGAUUGCUCUGCUGGGCAAAGGUUCUUGCAUAUGGGAUAUUCUUAAGAAGGGAGCUCAGCUUGUUAGGAAUGGUCUCUUCUGGAUCUGUAACAAUGGAUCUGAUGCUCUCUUUUGGUUGGAUUCUUGGGAUGGUCACCCUCCCAUCCUAUCUAGUUUCCCACAGCUUCUGCCUCUUUGCCAGAUGUUCUCUGAUGCUGGGUGGAUUAAGGUGGAGCAUUUUAAAACUGUUAAGCGUAUGGGUCAUCUGGAGGUGUCUUGCUGGAAGGAUCCACAAGAGUGGCCGGUGGGUGGUUCUGAGGAGGAUCGGGCAGCUUUGUGUAAGGUCUUGGAGGGCAGGCUUUGUAGCUCUCUGAAGGAGAGGGACAAAUUGGCUUGGAGUCCUAGCCCAAAAGGUAAUUAUACUGUUGCUCAAGGCUAUGCUAUGCUUGAUAGGAAUUUACAUGGUCCUGCUGAGGUGCCUUGGUGGAGAAAGGUCUGGAACAACUUUUCUUGGCCCAAGUGUAAUUUCUUUUUAUGGUUGGUUGCCCAGAGGAAAUGUCUCACUUGGGAGAACCUUCGCAAAAGGGGGUUUCAGGGACCUUCCAUUUGUGUUCUUUGUUUGAGCAGUGAAGAAUGUUCUUCCCACUUGUUCUUCCACUGCCCCUACUCUCGUGAGAUUUGGCACAGAUGGUGGGAGGCUUGGCAUCAUGGUUGCAUUCAUGCUUCCUCUCUUAUUGAGUUUUGGGAGAGUCUGGGCAGGCCUCCUGCGAAGACUCCUUUUCUUCAGGUGGCCUGGUUCAUUGGGCCUAGUUUCAUUCUUUGGAACCUUUGGCUGGAAAGGAACCGUAGAGUUUUUUGUGAUUCCAGAUUGGAUAGUGGUCAACUGUGGACAAAGAUUAUCAGCAGGCUUCAGGAGACUAUUCAUGCUAAAUGUGAUAUGUCUGUAAGUAUUGAUCCUGGGGAUGUUACAGUCGUGCGAGAUUUGAGCUUGGGUGUUAAUAGUAGGGGUUGCUCUGCUAAUAUUAUACCCCGUCGUGUCAAGAGACGGAUCUGUCGUGAUGGGAGAUGGGCUCCUCCUCCUGAUGGGGUCCUAAAGAUUAAUACGGAUGGAUCUUCUCGGGGGAAUCCUGGGCAUGCUGGUAUUGGGGGUAUUGGUAGAAGUAAAGAUGGUGAUGUUGUUUUUUGCUUCUCUGUCUACAAAGGGCUUUACUCUAAUAACCUGAUGGAGGCCCUGGCUAUUAAGACUGCUGUUGAGCGAGGUUGCUCUCUUGGCUGGAGGAGAAUUAUCUGUGAGUCUGACUCUCAGAUUGUUGUGGAUAUGUUGAACAACCAGAGGUUGGAUGGUGUUAGUUGGCAUUUAGCUUUGAUGGUCAGACAGAUUUUAAGUGUAUGUAGCUCCUUGGAAUCUGUCUCUUUCUGUCACAUCCCUAGAGAAUGGAAUACCGUGGCUGACUGCUUGGCGAAGUGGGCCUCGGAGAAAGGGGAUGGUUGGGAUAUUAGUGGUAGGGGUGAGUUACCUUCUGAUUAUCGAGGGAUUUUGGAAAGAGCUUUAAUGGAAGACAGGACUAUGUAG